AUGGCCAGCGACGAAGUCCGCCCUUCAACAAGCUCAGACACCCCAGCUCCAAGUUCUCCUCCACCUUACCGUCCGCCUUCCUCGCAUACUCUGCCCAUCCUGCAAUCCCUCAUCCAAUCCACUUCCUUCCGUAUAUGUUCCCUCACCCGCACCCUCUACCUCCCCAUCCCCCACCCCUCGCUCACCCUGUCGCUCACCCUUCCCAACCCCCUCGACUUCGCGCCCCUCCACCGAACCCUGAACGACCCUUCCGUCGCCCUGCAACUCGAAGGACCUCCGUACCCUUACACAGAAGACCAAGCUCGGGGUUGGAUCAAGAGUAACACGGAGAAGUAUGAGAGAAUAGUGGCGAGGUGGAUUGAUGCGGGUCGGAUAGGUUGGGAUGAGGAAGGUUGUCCGGUCGGUAAUUUGAGAUUAGGGGAGGGGGCGGGGGGCACGUGGGUCGGGGAUCUAGGGGUCGUUAGAAAGGGUGGUGAUGCAAACUUUAGGGAGGAGGAUGGGAAUGUGGAGCAGGAUAUAGUGUGGAGUUAUGGAUGUGAGUGUCUUUCAGAGCGGCGUCUCGAGGUUGGGGAAGGCUUCCACUCCAACUCUGGGUUUUGUUUGUAUUGCGAACAGUCUUCCUCGCUCCGCAAUAUCACCGACAAGGCAUCAUGGCCGCAGCAUUGAAAUGCAUUAUCGAAUCUUAUUUGCUACCCGUCCUCAAGGCAAGACACAUCCGAUCCUGUGCAUUCGAGGAUAAUUGGGGAUCGCGCAGGACACAAGAAAAAUGCGGGAUGAGGAGGCUCCCGGACGAGGAUCAUGAAGUGGAUGUCGCAGAGUCCAGAGGUGGGGGCAAGAAGGUGCAUGUCCAGUUCGAGUAUGUUCCACGGUAG